AAUCAAACCAUUCAUACAAUCACUUCAUUUGAUCCCAAGAUAUGGCGCAACAAACGAAACACAAGAAGACAUCACUCGAGACCACAGAUGACGGCAAUGAAGACAACAAACAACAGCCACAAAUGUACGCAAAAGACACUUUGGGUCGAUUCGGUGAUGAUUUGUCUGCACUUAUAGUGUCUUAUCUCUCACUCGAAGAUCGGAUUCGCUUGGAAUGUGUGUCCAAACAGUUCCAGAGGACUGUCUUCGGGAGUGUUGUCGACAUCACUCUUAGCGAUGAAUUAAUGCAGAGAUUACUGACAAAUGGGAAGACAAUUAACACUCAAUUGUUGGCCACAAUUGCCAUAAAAUGUCCGAACAUUGAGACCAUUGACUGCCGAGGAAUGCGUUCAUACAUUGCAUACAUUCCUAGAGCUAUAAAAACAUUUCGAGACAAUUGUCAUAAUUUGCGGGACAUUUACUGCAAUGUAUCAAAAAUGAGUGGACAAACAAUGCAUACAUUGUGGCCAAUGAUCACACGAAUCGGUUACAAGACAUUUGAUGACAACACAUCCGAUGACAAGACAUCUGAUGACGCGUACAGACAAGCGCUCACUCAUUGCCACCGAUUGUCUAAAUUAGUAGUCAAUGGUCUGUUGAGUGUCUUUAAAAGCACUUCCGGUCCACUAUUGGCCAAGAAUUUGCUUAAAUGCCAAUUGAAUUACUAUUCAAACUAUUAUAACACUCGACACUUGUCUGCAUUCGUGGCACACAAUCAGUCCCUAAGAAGUCUUGACAUAAAAUAUAUCGAAUACAAGAAUAACAAGUCUUUGAUGGAAAUGUGCGGACAAUUGUCACGAUUAACACAAUUACGGGAAUUGAGACUCGGAUUGGAUGUCAUGACUGACGACGACUUAAUCGCCGACUUUUUGCAUACAAUUGGCGUGAAUUGCAAACUAUUGAAACGACUGUCACUCGAGUUGUUCUCCACUCAGAAGCAAAUCAAUGUCCAGACAUUGGAUUCGUUGCGAUAUUACAGACAAUUAAAACGAUUGGAUUUGAGAUUCAACGCCACCGCCGAUGAGAUAGCGUUGUAUCCGUUGAGACACUGCCGACGGUUAACGCGUUUAGACAUCCAUUUCAGAAGAAUGAAUGCAAAUGUGUUGACAAUUGUCCGCAAAAGUUGUCCACAACUGCAAUACCUAUGCAUUCAUGAGGCCUAUAGUUUGUCACACAUUCCUCCACUACAAGAGAUUUAUUAUUCAGUUCUCAUUGAAAGCCAACCAAAGACUGAUCUCUCGGACAACGAUUUGAAUGCUAUGUUGUCUUCGAGUCCUAAACUCAAGACAAUUGAAAUCCGAGUAAAUAAUGAGAAGAAGUUUUAUUCGAAGUAA